AGUUGUGAUACUGCCUUUAUCUGUCGCGCAUGCGGUCAGUACACAUCAUGUAACACGUGAAAAAUUUUGUGUGGCUGUACCUAAUUUUAAGGCUGCCGAUUUUGGGUGAAGAUAUAAAAUGAGACCACUGACGGAGGAGGAAACUAAGCUUGUUUUUGAGAAGCUGUCAAAGUAUAUUGGGGAGAACAUCAGGCUGUUGAUUGACAGACCAGAUGGUGCGUACUGUUUUAGGUUACACAAGGAACGAAUCUACUAUGUCAGCCAAGACAUCAUGAAGCGAGCAGCCAGUGUGAGUAGGAAGCAGCUAGUCAGCAUGGGCACCUGUUUUGGGAAGCUCACAAAGACCAUGAAGUUUCACCUCCACAUCACAGCUUUAGAUUUUCUGGCUCCGUAUGCAAAGUACAAGGUGUGGGUGAAGCCAGGCUCGGAGCAGUCGUUCUUGUACGGCAAUCACAUCUUGAAGUCCGGCCUGGGGCGGAUCACAGAGAAUGCCGGACGGUACCAGGGAGUGGUGGUCUACUCCAUGAGUGAUAUCCCGUUGGGCUUUGGGGUAGCAGCCAAGUCAACCCAGGAGUGCCGGCACGCAGACCCAACGACGAUUGUCGUCUUCCACCAAGCCGACAUUGGACAGUACCUCCGGAAUGAGGACACUCUUGUCUGACACCCACGGUAUCCAACGGACACAGACUUGUGCUAAAUGAAAGGGACUAUGGGCUAUCCCACAUAUACAACUCUCUCCUGGAAAUUCCCAGCGUCCUGUGUUUUGACUUACAGCGUAUUAUGUUAGCACAAGAAUGGGCUUGCGUGUGCUCAUGCGGUGGUCACCAGCAUCUCAUUGAAGUUUGUCAGCUUCGACUGCAAGGCUUGCAUGAAUUGCUGGAUCAGUCUUUAAUAGACUAUCCUGGAAAUGCACCGACGACAAAGUCUUACAGUUUCCUGCCAGAUGGAGAACCGUUUCUAGGAGAAAACUGUAGAAUGAAAAUUAUCCAACUUUAUUUUUUCUCUUUCCAUCAGCAAUGUCACUGUUGUCUUCAUAAAAUGAGGUCCCAAAUAUCUUCUAAAUUUGGCUCAUAUGUUUAAGUCAAUCACCCAUAAACCGUUGUUCAAAAAAUUAACUUGGAAAAUGCUGAACUUUGAAAAACCUGAGUGCUACUUUAAAAAUACAUCGGCCUGUUUCUCUGUGUUGAUUUGAUGGCUAAGUCUGAAUCAACAAACAUCAACUUGCACUUCUGAUCAAGUUGAUCAGAAUCAACGUGCCAUUAGCCCUCCCAAUUAAAGGCCGCAGCUUUCUGAUUUUUUUAGUUGAAUGAUUGAUCAUCUCUUUCUCUCUUGAUGACAUUUUUGAUGUAUUCCAGUCACUUCUUGUGCGCUCAUUUUGUAAGAAAAGUUUUAUAAUUAACAAUGAAUGAGCGGUCAGACCUGAGAUCGUCAAAUUGGUAUAUUUUUCACUGACGCAAUUUCAGACCAUCGGACAAAGAGGACCAGUCUCUGUUUUCGUCAGAUCUCUUUCAAGGCAGAGUCUUUUGUAAGGAGAGUUUGAACACACAGUGCUCAUUUCACACUUUGAUCAAUAUCAAAUAAUUGUAGCUAUAUGUCAGUAGCAUAAAAAUGGCCUUUCGCUAAACUGGUAAAGCACAAAGGAAACAGAAAUGUUUUAUGUUAAAAUAUUUUUAAAGGUAAAUAGAAAUCUUUCACAUAAAGAUUGUUUUUAUGUGUCAGAAGGGGUAAGUUGAUACCUUUCUUCAGGGAAACGUGAUAUUUUGUUCAGAACCAUUUCUAUUUUCUUUAGAUGCAAGACCUGGAAAAUUUUUACAUUAUCACACUUUUCAUCUUCCUCCGUAUUUUUGAUCAUGCAUCAUUAAAACAAAUAGUGGGGUCAAGGGAUUGCACCCAUCACUUAA